GUAUUUCAACGCUCGCACAAUCGGUCACAUUGGCAGAGUUUUGUCAUGUUAUGAACGACUCUAGCGCUAUGGAAGCAACAAAAGCAGGAUCAGCGGAGAUCCAUUUAAGACAUGUGGAAAUGGACGUGCUCAUCCCCAAAAUGAUGAGGGAGAAAGCCAGGGAGCGCUGCGCCGCCAGAGUUGAAGCUUUCAACCACUGCUGUCAAGAGUCAGGCUUCUUCAUGGUGUUCAAGUGUCGAGAGGAGAACGCUGCCCUGAAGGACUGUCUGACACAACACUACAAGGACCCUGACUUUUUUGAAGCAUGUAAGCAGGAAUACAUCCAGGAAAAAACGGAGUUUGAGAGGACAGGGAUCCCUGCAAAGAACAGACAACAAAAGCUCCCAACUAGCAUGUAACCACUAUAUGACACAUUUGACACUUUCCCCCUAAUGUUUGUUCUUUUUUUCUGAUUGUGGAUGAUGUGGUUCCACAGUGAUGUGAAUAAUAUAACAAGUAAACAAAACAAAAAAAACAAAAAAAUGUGAAGAGUUACAACCUAUUUAAAUGUAACGACCUUCAGUUUUCAAGCAGGCAUUUUUUCUCUGUUUAAAAUGACAUCAGUGAUGAUAAAAACAGUCGGGAAACUUUUAUGCUCCUGCUUGGCCCCAUUUUAUGGAAAGUUAUCAUCCUGUGACAUUGCAUUUAACUAACAUGGAAAAAAUACUUGCUGUAUGUAAAAAUAACCAGUGAAAUAUGAUUGUCAUUCAAUAAA